UAGCUUCUUGUACAUGAUUUCAGGUUUGAGUCUCUAUCAGGUAAUUAGGAAUUAAGUUUUUGUACCCUGGAUGUACAUAACAAAUAUUGAUCCUUUAACCUCUUUGAGAUCUGCUUUAUAUGACAUUUAAAAUGUUUAAGUUUUCAGCAGUGAACCAUGACCAUGCCUAACAAAAUCUCCAGAAGGAGGAUGGAGUUCCACAAUGAUGAUUCCACAUGGACUAUAAUAACAUCACUAAGCUGACAAACAUCACCUAAAGAUUGACUUUGGACUACAAACUGCUCAGGACAAUUUUGAGGUGGCUAGCUGAGAAGAUCCAGCCUCACAGACUAUUCCAGCCAGAGCUCAAGACAAGCCCUGUAUUUUCCCAUUAUGCAGAGGCUAGACAACAAAAAAUAUAGCUACCACUCCCAGGACUUGACAAUUAACCCAACAUUUUUUCAGUAUUGAUCCCCUAAAGAUGCCAUCACCCUCAGACAAAAGGAAGUAAAUUUAAAACACCACAUUCCCAAGAGAUGGGGUAGGUGGUUUUUGGUCAUUCAAUGGGUUAUGGAUAUUUGUCAUUGUUUAUGGGAGUUGGUUACAAGUUGCUAUUUGUAAUGGUCAGGAAAAAAGCUGAACAAAGGAGAUUAGAUUCAGGGUUCUUCUUUUGAAAUGAAAAAAGGGGGAUAUAGAAAUGAUGGGAUAAAAGGGUAGAUUAUUGAAUCUACUCUGAAAAGAAAAAAGGAGGAUAUAAAGAUAGGAUAAAAGGGUAGAUUAUUUAAUCUACUUUUAAAAAUCAACUACUUGUUUUAAAUAUUUUACAUUGAUAUGUAUCUUUGUAUAUUGAUACAAAGUUGAAGUUAUUUGUUUAGAACAUACUGUGAAUUUCUAAUCUUGUUCAAGGUAUUGUACCUAUACAUCUCAUUUAACAAUGUAAUGCAAAUUGCUUGUCUUUGAAAGUUAUUAUUACAAACUAUUUAGGAUAAUAAAGAAAUGCAGGUUAGUAGUUGGUCAUCUAAUACAAUUAUAUUUGUAGUCAUUUUAGGUAUGUUUUUAAGGUCAAACAGAUAUAUUUUAGGUAGACAGGUGGUCUUCAAACACUUCCGAGAUCUAUAGAAUAUGACAUUUAAGAUGUUUUAAUAAUAUGAGUUCUUUUUUUUUUUAUGACAAUGAGACAUGUCUGAUCCUGGCAGCACCAAUCUACUUUGGGGCAGAUGAUGGGCAUCAAAGAAACUGCACAUGGAGUUUACUUUCUUUAUGGCAAAAGUUAGCCACUGGGCAAGAAAAUGCCCUCCCCUUUACUGCUGACAGUAUGCUGUUCAAAUGGGAUAAGCAGGACACAAAAGAAAGAGUUGCUGAACUUUGCCAAGACAAGGAAGAAAAACAACUGGAAACAAUGAAGUUCCUUUUCUUCGUGUUUGUUGGUGUUGCUCACCUUUUAUCCCUGAACUCUGGAAAAGCUAUAUACGAGAAUGACAUUUCUCAGAGAACAUUUCAAGAAAUAAAAAAUGAAAUAGCCAGCUAUGAAGAUGUUGCUAAAGCAAUUAUCAACCUUGCUGUUUAUGGUAAAUACCAGAACCGGUCCUAUGAGCGUUUGGGACUUCUAGUUGAUACUGUUGGGCCCAGACUGAGUGGCUCUAAGAACCUAGAGAAAGCCAUCCAAAUCAUGUACCAAAACCUGCAGCAAGAUGGUCUGGAGAAUGUCCACCUGGAGCCAGUCAAAGUACCCCACUGGGAGAGGGGAGAAGAAUCUGCUGUGAUGCUGCUGCCUAGAAUUCACAAGAUGGCUAUUUUGGGUCUUGGCAGCAGCAUUGGGACUCCCCCAGGAGGCAUCACGGCAGAAGUACUGGUAGUGACCUCUUUUGAUGAACUCCAAAGAAGGGCAUCUGAGGCAAGAGGGAAGAUCAUUGUUUAUAACCAGCCUUACACCAGCUACGGGAUUACAGUGCAAUAUCGUCAUCAGGGAGCUGUGGAAGCUGCCAAAGUGGGGGCUGUGGCAUCCCUCAUCCGAUCAGUAGCUUCCUUUUCCAUCUACAGUCCUCACACAGGUAUUCAAGAAUAUCAAGAUGGUGUGCCCAAGAUUCCAACAGCCUGUAUCACAGUGGAAGAUGCAGAAAUGAUUUCACGAAUGGCUUCUCGUGGGAACAAAAUUGUCAUUCACCUGGAGAUGGGAGCAAAGACCUACCCAGAUACUGAUUCCUUCAACACUGUAGCGGAGAUCACUGGCAGCAAGUAUCCGGAGCAAGUUGUACUGAUCAGUGGACAUCUGGACAGCUGGGAUGUUGGGCAAGGUGCCCUGGAUGAUGGUGGUGGAGCUGUCAUAUCAUGGGAAGCACUCUCCCUUGUUAAAGAUCUUGCCCACAAUUUGAUUAUUUCCUGGCAUCUACUCCUCCUGGGCCUACGUCCAAAGAGAACUCUGCGCCUGGUGCUCUGGACAGCUGAAGAACAAGGGGGAAUUGGUGCCUCCCAGUAUUAUGAGCUACAUAAGGCCAAUGUUUCCAACUACAGUCUAGUGAUGGAGUCUGACUCUGGAACCUACUUACCCACUGGGCUGCAGUUCACCGGCAGUGACAAGGCCAGGGCUAUCAUGAAGGAGAUCAUGAGUCUGCUGCAGCCCCUCAAUGUCACCAACGUCUUUAGUGAUGGAGAAGGAACAGAUAUUAACUUCUGGAUCCAAGCUGGAGUGCCUGGUCUAUACUUUGAGGAUUCUGAACAGCAUCCUGUACAAGACAGUCAAUGAAGACCAUCAUGAAAGUUCCAGGCACAGUGUUCUGCCACUCAUCAAGCUCAUUCCAGGAAUUGAGGAUUCCUCAGUGUUCCUGGCCGAGCACAGGAUUCUUGAGGACUUUAGCUAAGGUCACCAUUCCCAAAAGUGAAGCCUAUAAAAUUAACGGGGUUCUGUGCUUCAGUGAAGCAAUUAUAGGAGCGUCUCUAAUAUAUUUCUGUGAAUCCAUGUAUAAUGAAUACUUUAAUUUCACUAAUGAGAGCCUGCUUUUAAAAGGGCUCACUGGGCUAAAUAACAGCACUAAUUUCAUCAACAAAAAUGCACAUCUGACUUUCAGUGUGUUGACUGGAGAAACAUUGCUUGUAGGUGGAGAUACAGAUCACAGCAACCACAGCAGGCAGUUAGAGAUCUUCCCAGAUCUGCACUCUUGGUUAGGGUCUCAGCAGCACCAGGUUAUUUCCUUAGUAAGAAACACAUAGUGUUACAUUUUACUGCUGAAAUUUUGGAGUUUUUCUAGUUGUGGCAAGAUAUGCAUUAUGUGAAAUUUACUACUUUAGACAUUUUAAGUAUAAAGUUGUGGCAUUAAGUACAUUCAUAUUGUUGUCCAUUACCACCAUGUAAAAGUGUCUUUGUUUUUCCCAUACUGAUACUCUGAAUGUUAUACCCAUGAAACAAUAAAAAUCAUGGCUUUCUA